CGUGAACAAUGGCGGUGCCAGAGCCACUACUGCGUACUCGGUUUCUGUACGUCAACACAUUCUCGCUAACAUGAGCGCUCCAAGUGUCACCGUCUUGACCCAGGCCGACCUCCUGCGCACGGUCCUAAGCUACCAGCAGGGCGUGCCGAUGGCGGUCGGCCUGGCCUGCCAACGCUACCGCCGCCACCUCGGCCACGUCUCCCAGAAGGCCCACCCUGAAGUGACGCAUCUCAUCGCAACACCCGCGCGCUUCCACGGCUUUGUUUUGUCCAAGCUCGUCCAACACCGCGAUGUCACGACGGCUCUUGCCCUUCUCGCCACAUUUUCCGACGCCACGACGCUCAAGCUGCCACGCGUCAAGCAAAAGUACACCUACACGAUGGACUACGCCGCGAGAGCGCGCAGUCUACCGCUCCUAAAGGAGCUCCACGCGCGACGGCUCGGGAGCUGCUCCAACGCUGCCUUGGACGCAGCGGCGGCCAACGGCGACGUGGCCAUCCUGGAAUUUUUGCAUGCCAACACAUACCAGCGCUGUACGCAAAAGGGCCUCGCGGCCGCGCGGCGCAACAAGCAUCUCGAUGUUGUGGCGCUUCUCGAGGAGAGACGCGACCGGUGCCGUGAGACGACGUCCCAUGAGAUCUCGGGCGCCCAGUUUGGUUUUGCAGCCCCGUGUAUAGUUCAAUAAUGUGGUCUAAUGGGUCCCAGAGUGUGUCCGAGCAGCGUUUAAUCAAAACACUAAGUCUCGUAGCGCGUUCCAGUAGUCUGCGUUUGCCAACCACCUUAAGCGUUC